AGCAAUUUCAACCCCAAGAGUGUAGACCGUCCUUCCUCACAUUUUGCUGGCAUCAUUGUGGACGGAGAGGUUAGCCCAAGCACCUCAGAAUCAUGUCGGCCACUCCUUCCCGAUCCGGAGGUCGUCCGCGAUCUGGACCGGGGCUCGCCGGCAACAUGAAGCGUUUGCUCAGCAGUGGAGAUUUCAGUGAUGUGCAGUUGAGAGUCGGACGACAUACCGGACUGGAGAAACUGUUUCAUGUGCAUAAGUGCAUCCUGUGUAUGCGUAGUGCCGUGUUUGCUGCCAUGUUCUACGGAAGUCUGCCUGAGAAUGGACAGAAACCUAUCGACCUGCCGGAUGACGAUCCCGAUGCGUUUGCCAAUGUGCUCAGUUUCAUGUACACUGACACGAUGGACUUGAAGAUGGACAACGUGUGGACGACGCUGCUGUGCGCCGAUAAGUACGACGUGCCGCUGCUGGUGAAGGAGUGCUGCGAGUUCCUCAGCAACCAGCUGAACACGGACAAUUGUCUGGCAGUUCUACAAACGGGCAUCGAUAGUCACGCUGAUAAGAUUGUGCAGCGCUGCCUGGGUUUUAUCGACCGAUCCGCUGACACCGUCAUCGCAUCGGAGGUUUUCGCGGUCAUUGGAAAGGAGAUGCUUGUGAUGAUUCUACAACGUAGCACCCUGUCGGUCGAGGAGCAUGACGUUUAUUUGGCGAUUGAGAGAUGGGCGCUCAGCGCAUGCAGUUCUGACAACCUGGAACCGACGGCCGCCAACCGGCGUGGGAUGCUUGGUGAAGCAUUGUUUCUGGUGCGGUUUCCCCUGCUGACCCCCGCGCAACUGACUGAUGGACCCGGAAAGAGUGGUCUGCUGCUCCAGUCGGAGAUGCACACCAUUUGGCAGCAUAAGUUCUCCAAUGCGAAACCAUCGCUACCCUUCAGUAACGAGCCGCGCACCGGCCGCCAUCGUAUCGGGGACAUGGUUUUCCAGCAUGAAGAGGAAGCAUUUGUGAAGACCACUGCGCGCGCCACAACUUGGAACCCCGUGGAGAUCAUCGGCAUCCGGGGGACGGAGUUCAUCUGGCGCAGUUUUACUCAGCCAGCGGAGGAGGGCAGCGCGGGGAGUGCCCGAAUUAUGCGAGCGUCCGAUGUCCUAAAACGGGGUCAAAAACUGAUGGCUACAGUUGACGGUGUCUCUUACGAGGUUGCAUACUGCGAACCCGUCGAUGGAAAGCACUAUGUUGGACCCGUUCGGCAAGACCUCGUGCUCGACUUCGCCGAUUUGCGGAUGGUGCAUAAGAAACCGGAAGUCAAAAACCCCCGCAGUCGGAGAUACAGCACAGCCAGUUGAUGUGAGUUGAAGCGGAGAAGCCGUACUGAAAUGUGACGCUUACCGAAGAGCACGAGAACUGCUCGAUGUGGUUUUUACGAGUAUGUUCUUUUUUCAGUAAUCUUUAUUUUCUUUUGGCAGCCGGCAGUAUGCUGCUCUGCUAGGUAUGCUCUUUUGGUCAAAAUUUUUGCCGCGUUUCCUAUAAUAGCAUUUUAUCUAUAGUUUGUUCUAUUUAUUUUGAUUAUAUCUCGCACUUUCCAUUGUAAGUUUCUAAUUUGCUCACCGUGGCUACAUCCACGAGUCCCUGACGCUCAGUUUA